AUGGCGUUCAACCCGUUUCUGAGCCGUCCUGAUCUGAACAUUCUGCCCUUCAUGGGUCACAUUCCCGCACUCCCCGGAGCAGCCGGAUUCUUUCCCCGUCUGCCACCUGAUUUACACGAAAUGCGAGCACGAGAUGAUGACGACGGUAUUCAAGAUGAUCCUCAAGUUGAACUCGAUGAUAAGGAGCUUUGGAACUCGUUUAACUCGUGCGGUACUGAAAUGGUUAUUACCAAAAGUGGGAGACGAAUAUUCCCAGCGUUUCGAGUGAAGAUCUCUGGCUUAGAUAAAAAGAGCAAGUAUAUAUUCCUAAUGGAUUUGGUUCCAGCGGAUGAAUGUCGUUAUAAAUUUAAUAAUAGCCGGUGGAUGGUUGCUGGAAAGGCAGAUCCGGAAAUGCCGAAAAGGAUGUAUAUUCAUCCGGAUUCGCCUGCUACAGGCGAGCACUGGAUGGCUAAAGGUGCAAAUUUUCACAAACUGAAACUCACCAACAAUAUUUCUGAUAAGCAAGGAUAUACAAUCCUCAAUUCAAUGCACAAAUACCAGCCACGACUGCACAUUGUUCGAUGCGCAGACAUAAUGAAUCUGCCCUAUUCAACAUUCAGAACGUUUGUCUUCAAGGAAACUGAGUUCAUCGCUGUUACGGCUUACCAGAAUGAGAAGGUGACUCAGUUGAAAAUCGACCACAACCCGUUUGCGAAAGGAUUUCGUGACGCUGGCGCCGGAAAACGGGAAAAGAAACGCUUGUUACAGACGCACACCCGUGAGCAGCAAUCACCUCGGUCGUCUUCAGCCCAUCCUUCGGAGGACGCUUCUGAGGAUGAUGAUCCAGCUCCUAAAAAAAUUCGAGAGCAGCCUCCAAAGCCGUCACCACCAGUGUCAACUUCCAUUAACUCCUCAUGUCAUUCUCGACUGCCACCACAAAUGUUCCCCUUCACUUUUCCAUCAGAGAUGUUCUAUCCCAGAACGGAUAUGAUAUCUCAAUGGCAAGCGGCUCUAUUAAGACCUCCGUUGUUGCCUACAGGCAUCAGUCCCCCGGUAGUGCCUCAAGCCUCUCGUAAGGGCGGAUUCGAUGUUUCUGAUCUCUUGUCAAGACCAUGA